GGCUAAUCCUUGAUGCCGCCCUGUCACAUGCAUUGGGAAUUAUGUUUUCAGGCCUCUUUGCUUGCAACCAAUGGAUGGUACAAGGAGCUGCUUAAAGGAGACGGCGCUUGGCUUGAAGCAUUCCCUCCCCCAUCCCGCCCCACCCAGGCCGUGAUUUCCCUGUCCCCUCCCAAGGUCUUGGAAUUUGUAAAGAUCCAUUCGCUUAAUCUCCCCCGACACACCCCACCUCUCAUUUCCGUGUUAUCAUUCGAUGACUGGACUUCCCUCCUUUGGACAGCUGCCCAUGAUAAGCCUGCUUUCCCUGCGCUCACAAAGAGUCUCGUCAUGCAUGCCCGAGAGAAGCAGCAGGAGGAUCUGCUGAUAGAGGUUGCUAUCCGUAACGAGCUCGCUGUGAGGGAGAAGUCCCUUGUUGAACUAUGGGGUGCGAAGCCUGCGUUUCAUGCUGGUCUCAUUUCUGCUGAUAGUCGGAACGAAGUUGAUGCUUCGAGGUCUGAUGAGGAGGAGGAGGAUGAGGGUCUCAUACUAACCGAGGAGGAGAAGGCGUUCCACACGCAGCUCAUGGCAACAAGCAGGGUUGAUAUGGCGAAGGCAGUAGAGGAGAACCAGAGAUCAGAGGUCAAUAGGUACACUAGGAACGCCUUCCUACCGUUAGCGCCUAGCAGAUGGCUGGAGUCAGAAUCGGUAAGACUGGAUUAUAAGUUAUGGGAUAUGGCGACGUACAACCACUCCGCCCCAAUCAAUGAGAAAUCCUAUCAGUUCCUCGCCAGCCUCACACAUGAGGAGAUGAGACUCUGCAAGGAGAGAUCCUUGUCUGAGAACAUUGAACUCAUCAGGGGGAAUUACCCUCUUACUGCGAACGACAUGAACCUUCCACUUGUCGGGGAGAUCGACCGAACCAAAUAUGUGGUCACUAGACCUGCACUCGCUGUCAGGGGAUUUUUGGCUGCCAAGGGGCAGCCUGCUAUGGUAGAGCUGAAGCGUAUAUGGAAUGUAGGACGGCCUUAUCUGAAGUGCCGCUGUGUUCAGGAGGGUAAGGGAGAUUGCAAGAAGAACAUCACUUGGCUGGACCAUAUCUUCUGGUUCUUGCUGGCCAAUCUUGAGUACCUGUUUCCCGCCGCCCCCACACUGAGGGCACGUAUUAGGGCGUUCCGGGUUAUAGUGAAGGGCAGAUGGCGUGCUGCUGUGUUGGCUAGUGUUGUAUUCUAUUACAUGAGGGAAAUCAUGGAAAUGAUGGCGGUCAAUGUCCUUUCUGAUCCGACCCGAAGGCCUGAUAACAUUUUGGAUGAUAGGUCUGUAAUGAUGCACAAGUUCACCCGCACCAUGGCCCAGUUGAUGCUCCCCCCCAGAUUUGUUACUGAGGCAACCAGGAGGAAGAGGAGGUCCACGGAGGCUGAUAAUGAGGCAGGAACCGCAAAGCGUGCGAAGCAGACUACCUUGUCGUUUUAUGUCAGACCUCAGCAUGACCACUCUCCGGUAAUGACACCUGGAGCGCCAGCAAUGGAUGACACCCCACCCAGCUCAUGCGUAUCUACGCAGGCGGAUGGGCAGACUUCGGCUAGCAGCACAGCCCCAAGGAGGAGCCCCAGAGGCCUCACUAUGGCAAAGAGCCUCUUUAAGUCCUGAAAACGGUGUGUCACUCACCUCCUGCUUUGUCGCUCUGUGUGUGGUGUGAUUUGGCAGGGUGGCGAGGGUUCAUUUGUAACCGACCCGUCAGGAAGAAGGAAAUGGCAGAGACUGGAGCCGGAACGAAUGGAAUGCUUUGUCCACAUUAGAUACGUCAGUCGUAUCAUGGACACAGUCAACUUCCGCUCUAUCCUUGAAAAGACUGUGGAACGUUUUUUUCCUGAUUGGCACUUGUGGUCAUUGGGUGGACGUACAUGGACACCAUCAAUCAAUGGUUUAUAGGCCU